UUUUAUCAAGGGCUUAACGACACUUCCCAUACUUAAUUUAUCUUGCCAUACUGACGAUCAGUAUUUCAGUGUUGAGUCAUUCUUUACGAAUUUACAUGGAUUGACAUGAGCACAGUCCAUGUGAAUAGAAGGUUCAUUGCAAGUCCAACUGCGGGGAAAUUUCUGAUGGAUUUUCUUAGCCGACGCUCUUCUGAUGAUAUUGAUUGUAACAUUUAAUACGGAUUAGGAAGUACAUCAGCUAAAGUUGAGAAACUUAAUUUUGGAACAAUAUCUCAACGAACGCCAUAACAAAACGGCCGUAAGUUUCGCGUGUCGCUUCAAACUGAACAAAACCGAGGUAAUUGUAUCAUGGACCACUUGCUGGGGAACGCGAGUAAUCAAUCAUCUAACCUUUCAAAAGAAGAUUGUUCUCUUCCGUUAGCUCAUGGCGUUGCCCUGAUUACAGUAAAUACUAUCGUGGGUGUGUUUGGGUCACUUGGCAACUUACUGGUUUGCGUGGCAGUUGCUAAAAACCCUCGUCUUCGCCGAUCAUCAAACUACCUUCUGUUCAGCUUGGCGAUCGCUGAUUUGAUCGUCACCAUGGUGUGUGAACCUCUUGUUGUAGCAAUUCUGGCCAAAAUGAUAUUCUUUAAUGAUUGCGCUGCAAACUUGGACUUGCCCUAUAAAAUACUAUCCAGGCUGUCUUGUUCAGCCUCCGUUGUACACAUGGCAGCCAUCAGUGUCGAUCGUUUCAUCGCUGUUGUGUACCCUCUACGCUACAAAAGCAUUAUAGAUAACUAUGGAUUGAAAAUACUACUGAUAACAUCUUGGGCAUUGCCGAUAACAGUUCCAGUUUUGAGUGCCGUUAUUCCAGCAAGUUUCCCCAAGGCUUUCCUUGCCUUAGGGAUGUUUGCAAUCAGUUAUGUUAUUGUGUUUUUGUCUUACUCGCUGAUAGUGAUAUCAUUGGUCAAACAUCGAAAAGAAAGGAUUCAACUCAGAGCGCGCUCUUCGAGUGAUACCAGCCAGUCAAGAGUUGAAAUCCGCGUUGCCUCCACACUGGCCAUUGUGAUUGCCAUCUUUACUGUGUCUUGGUUCCCGCUAGUUGCCACUCUUUUUGCUGCUGGAAAACCACUGAUAAAAAACCAAGGAAUUGCACAUAUGUGGAUCAGGACCUUAGCUCUGUCAAACUCCGCCAUGAACUUUGUUAUCUAUGGCUCAAGAAUGUAUAACUUCCGUGAAGUUUACGCUGUGUAUGGACGAAAGAUCCUUGGUGUUUUGAGACCCAAAUGCUCUCGGACACGAGUUUAUAACUUGCCAUUGGAAUCUAUCUCGUCAACUUGAUUGGCCAAGUCAUUUUAUAAAGUAAAGUACAACCUUUUAACUAACUUAGAAUCAACUUUGUGCAAAAUUUAAUAAAAGGAUAACCAGUGAAUAAAUUGUUUCACUUAUCCUAAGAGUGCUCUAUGCAAAAAUUAUGCAGAGCAAAAUAUAAAGAUAUAAAGACAGAAGUUAAAUGUAACUCAAGUUUCACGCACUGAGCGAGUUUCACGCUUAGUGCGUGAAACUCGAGUUACAUUUACCCUCUGUCUUUUUAUCUUUAUAAAAAGUUAAAUAGACAUUUAAAAUGAAUUUUAGGCUAUAUUAUAAUAUUAUUCAAAAGAAAGUUUCCAGGUGCCGGGAAGAGAGGGACUCCAUCGUGUCGAGGCGUGCAUUGUUCGUGUCGAACACUGGUUAUUUGUGUUUGGCCGAUAUUCAGUGUCUCCACAUCGCGACAUUCUUCAAAUGACAACACAAAACGACAAAAUUUAGUUAACAUCCAUUGUUGGAUAUAUAAAGCGAAUACUGCUGAGGUUUUGAAAUUUUGUCCUGGGAUCAUCCGUGGUUUAAAGGCAAUGCUGAUAUCGUUUUGAGUACACCCGAUUACGGUGGUUGAGCUGUUAUUCCAGAGAACGUUUCACUUAACAAAUUGACGUCAGUUUUUUUAUGCGUCUGUCCUCUUAUUGAUGAUAAAUUGCGUCAUAACAUUGUC